AUGAAGCUCAUCACCUUGGCCCUGGUGUGCCUGCUGGUGGCGGGGGUGUGGCUGCAGGAUGCGAACGGCUUGAGCUUGCAGAGUUCACUCUCCAAAUGUUGCUUCAGUUUUUUGAAGAAACAUAUUUCCCCGAAGAGAAUCCGGUGCUACAGAAACUCUAGUUCCUCCUGCUCCUACGAGGACGGCGUCAUAUUCAGCAUGAGAGGAGGCCAGAAGAACUGUGCCUUGAAGACAGACACAUGGGUCGAGAACAUUUUGCCUAAGAUAAAACCAUGCUAG